AUGCCUGGCCCUGUGAACACUGCGAAGUCCAUCACGAAGAAGCGCAAGAGAAAGCACGGCGCAAAGUCCGCAACCGAUGAGGAGAUUCCCAAGCCUGUUGAGGCCAAGCCAAGCCCGAAGAGUCCCAAAGUGACCUCCAAGAAGACCGCGACCCCUCCGUCUGCAGCAGACAAGUCGACCAAGAAGCGCAAAGUCAGCCACUCGCCCAGCGACGACGAGGAAAGCGACGACGAGGUCGAGGAUCAAGAGGAUCAAGAGGACGACAAUGACGGAAGUGAGGAGGGACAAGAAGAUUCGGACGCUGAUGAUGCCAUCGACAACGAGGAUGCCUCUGCGGAUCUUCCUACCAUGAAUGACGUCCGCUUGCCCCAAACUGAAGGCGAGCUGAAAAAGUUCAGCGAGCUCAACCUGUCAGACAAGACUAUGAAGGGUAUCCAGGAUAUGGGUUUCGAGACAAUGACCGAGAUUCAACAACGCACGAUCCCUCCUCUGCUUGCUGGUCGUGACGUGCUCGGUGCUGCGAAGACCGGUUCUGGCAAGACUCUGUCUUUCUUGAUUCCUGCGAUCGAGAUGCUGAGUGCCUUGCGCUUCAAGCCACGCAACGGUACUGGUGUUCUUGUUAUUUCCCCGACCCGAGAGCUUGCCCUGCAGAUUUUUGGUGUUGCCCGGGAACUUAUGGUUCACCACUCGCAGACAUAUGGCAUUGUUAUUGGAGGUGCUAACCGCCGCGCCGAGGCCGAGAAGCUGAUGAAGGGUGUGAAUCUGCUCAUUGCUACACCUGGUCGUCUGCUUGAUCACCUCCAAAACACACAAGGCUUUAUCUUCAAAAACCUGAAGACCCUGGUCAUUGACGAGGCUGAUCGUAUUCUGGAAGUUGGUUUCGAAGAUGAGAUGCGCCAGAUCAUCAAGAUCUUGCCUUCCGAGGAGCGUCAGACCUCGCUCUUCUCCGCAACUCAGACAACCAAGGUUGAGGAUCUGGCUCGGAUAUCGCUGCGCCCCGGCCCGUUGUAUAUCAACGUUGAUCACACCAAGGAGCACAGCACGGUGUCCGGCCUGGAGCAGGGCUACGUUAUCUGUGAAGCGGAUAAGCGUUUCUUGCUUCUGUUCUCGUUCCUCAAGCGCAACCUGAAGAAGAAAAUCAUUGUUUUCUUCUCCAGCUGCAGCUGCGUCAAGUACCACGCCGAGCUCCUGAACUAUAUCGAUCUGCCCGUCCUGGAGCUGCACGGCAAGCAAAAGCAGCAGAAGCGAACCAAUACUUUCUUCGAGUUCUGCAAUGCCAGCCAGGGAACACUGAUCUGUACCGAUGUUGCUGCCCGUGGUUUGGAUAUUCCCGCCGUUGACUGGAUCAUCCAGUUUGACCCGCCUGAUGACCCUCGUGACUACAUUCACCGUGUCGGACGAACUGCUCGUGGUGCCAACGGUAAGGGCCGCAGCUUGAUGUUCCUGCAGCCGUCGGAGGUUGGCUUCCUUAAGCACCUCAAGGAGGCUCGCGUGCCAGUGGUGGAGUUUGAGUUUCCCGCUUCAAAGAUUGUCAAUGUCCAGUCUCAACUGGAGAAGCUCAUUGGACAAAAUUACUAUCUGAACAAAUCUGCCAAGGAAGGAUACCGAUCAUACCUCCAGGCGUACGCAUCGCACUCGCUGCGCUCCGUCUUCGAUGUCCACAAGCUGGAUCUCGUCAAGGUGGCCAAGGGCUUUGGAUUCAACGCCCCACCGCGCAUUGACAUCACGUUGGGCUCUAGCUUGAGCCGUGAUAAAAAACAGGAGCAGCAAGGGCGCCGGACCUAUGGCAGCCAGCCGAGGAACAACAAAGGAUUGAAGUUCAAGCGGAAACACGAGAACUGA